AUGGUCGGGCUCUUCCCCAACUCGACGGCUUUGAGCCAGACAUUCACGCCCACCUCUCCAUACUACAAGCCCGCUCCUAAACCCGCCGAGAACCUUGAAAGGCGUCGAAUCUUCUCCUCAUGGAGUGCGGCCGAAUCUGCCAAAGACAAGGCGGUUGAGCUGAGUGAAGCUGCUCAGAAAGAAUACGAGAAGGCCAGCGCAAAGGCCCAAGCCAAAGUCGGGGGCAUUGAGCUCUACUCUGCCAAGUACUAUGCUGCAUGUACCGUUGGAGGCAUCCUGGCAUGCGGUACUACCCACGCAGCUGUCACUCCUCUCGAUCUCGUCAAAUGUCGUCGUCAGGUCGACCCCAAACUUUACAAGGGCAACUUCCAGGCCUGGGGUACCAUCGCCAGGACUGAGGGUUUCCGGGGUAUCUUCACAGGUUUCGGGCCGACCUUCGUCGGCUACUCAGUGCAAGGAGCUGGCAAAUACGGCUUCUAUGAAUACUUCAAACAUCUGUAUUCCGAGUUGGCUGGAGAAGAGGCUGCUCAGAAAUAUAAGACCACGCUGUACUUGACUGCCUCGGCCUCGGCCGAAUUCAUCGCCGACGUUGGUCUUUGCCCGUUCGAGGCCGUCAAGGUCCGCAUGCAGACCACCAUGCCGCCUGCAUACUCCGGUACCAUGAAUGGGUUGUCGACAAUCACGGCUAAAGAAGGGAUCGGCGGCUUGUACAAGGGUCUGUAUCCUCUAUGGGGCCGGCAGAUCCCGUAUACCAUGAUGAAGUUUGCCUCUUUCGAAAACAUUGUUGCCGCCAUCUACAACUACCUCCCGGGCAACAAGUCGGAUUAUGGCAAGGGUGCUCAAACUGGUGUGGCCUUCGUCGGUGGCUAUCUUGCUGGUAUCCUCUGCGCGAUUGUGUCGCAUCCUGCGGAUGUGAUGGUCAGCAAACUCAACGCGGAACGUGCCCCCGGUGAGAGCUUUGGUGGUGCCAUGAGCCGCAUCUAUUCCAAGAUUGGAUUCGCGGGUCUCUGGAACGGUCUCCCUGUCAGAAUUGUCAUGAUUGGAACCCUGACCGGCUUGCAAUGGAUGAUCUACGACUCUUUCAAGAUUUUCAUGGGCCUGCCCACAACCGGAGGCCCCCAGGAAAAGAAGGAGACAGCAAAGAUGUAG